AUGAGCCAUUUGGAGAUACACCGGUUCAUUCACAGAGAUCUGGCGGCCAGGAACUGUCUGCUGACCCGGGGUCCCAUUGCCAAGGUUUCCGACUUCGGCCUUUCCAAGGACGCCUAUGAGCUGGGACACUACAAACGUGUACAAAAGGACAGAGUUCCCUUUAAAUGGUUGAGUCCCGAGGGUCUGCUGUGGGGUCAGUACAGCUCCAAGAGUGACGUCUGGGCAUUCGGGAUUUUACUCUACGAGCUGUACACGUUUGGGGGAACCCCAUACCCUCAGGUGACAACAGGUAAGUCUGUUUUACCUGUCACU